UCCAUCAUGGCUCCAAAUCCUAAAACUGUGAUCACCGAUCGGGAGCCUAGAGAUGACUUUGAAAGACCCUUGACGGGAGAUGAGAUCGUCAUCAGCGGAGUUUCGGGCGCGUUCCCGAAAUGUGAGAACACCGUGGAGCUCAUGGACAAUCUCUACAACAAGGUGGACAUGGUAGAAGAAGUAGAUUGCUCUACUGUAAAACAUCCAGGUCUUCCAAAAUAUUUUGGAAAAAUGAAAAACCAACACAAAUUCGAUGCCCAAUUCUUUAGAGUAACUCCAUGGCAAGCAGCAUCUUUGGAUCCUUUGAGCAGAAAAGUUAUGGAGAAUGCGUUUUGUGCAAUAUACGACUCGGGUAUUAACCCACUUACACUCAGUGGCACAAAAUUGGGUGUUUUCAUUGGUUCUUCGUUCUCUGAUACUGUAGCAAUGAAUCUUUAUGAAACCCUGCAACGUAAUGCCUUUGUUAUAUCUGGUUGCAGUAAAACUAUGUUAGCUAACAGGAUUUCCUACUGGAUCGAUGGUAAAGGCCCAUCAUAUGGGUUAGACCAGGCCUGUUCAAGUGCCAUGGCGUGCUUAGAGAUAGCCUAUGAUAGCAUGAAACGAGGAGAUUGUGAUGCAGCUCUAGUUGGGGGCUGUAACACAUGCGUACACCCACUGUUAUCUCUAAACUUGCAGAUUGCCGGACUAGCAUGUCGAGAUGGGAAAACCAAGAGUUUCGAUAAAAAUGGUGACGGAUUUGUAAGGUCUGAAGCUGUCAAUCUAAUAUUUUUGCAAAAAGCCAAGGAUGCUAAAAGGAUUUACGCUGAAAUUCAUCACAUCAAAGGAAAAUAUUUCACAAGGCCUGAUGCAAAUUUCUUGCCAAUCCGCAAAUCUGAGGAUUUGGAACAAUUUCUGGAAGAAUUUUAUGCAGAAGUCAAAGUGUCUCCAUCUGAUGUUGAAUACAUUGAAGCUUAUGGAUCAGGUAUUGCUGAGGCUGAUGGCAAUGAGUUGGACGCAGUUGGAAAGUUUUUUGCUAAGUCACGAUCUAUUAGAGUUGGUUCUGUUAAAUCUAACAUGGGUAAUACUGAAGCUGCAAGUGGUGUUUGUUCAUUAACAAAGCUUUGUUUGGCAUAUCACAAAGGAGAAAUACCUGCCAAUUUACACUACAAUGAACCUCAGGAUCAUAUUCCUGCUGUUAGAGAUGGAAGGGUUCAGGUAGUCACUGAAAAUACGCCUUUUGGCAGAGGUUAUGCCGCUGUCAACAAUUUCUCGUUCACUGGAUGCAAUUUCCAUGUUCUACUUAAAGGGCAUCAUAAAAAUAAGGACAGUAGCCGAUACAAAUCCAGUAUUCCUCGUCUGAUAUUGCUAUCAGCAAGAGAGAAAAUUGGUGUAGAUAAGGCAAUUGAUGAAUUGAUGAGCAAACCAAUAGAUCCAGAGCAAAUUGCUUUGCUGCACAACAUUUACAAAAUUAACUUCCCCGGCCAUACAGGACGUGGUUAUGCUGUGCUAGAUACUAAUGAAAAUAACGAGACAGUAAAUCUGGCUAGAAGCUUCGAAAUCUAUUCAGGUACAACCCGUCCAGUAUGUUUCCUAUACAGUGGAAUGGGAUCUCAGUGGAACGGCAUGGGUCGUGAACUCUUGCGCAUACCAUUAUUUGCUGCAGCUAUUGAAAAAUGCCAGAGAGUCCUUGAACCAUUUGGAAUUGAUCUAGUCAAAAUCAUUACUGAUCCAGACAAAACUAUUUUCGACAAUAUUCUGAACUCCAUGGUUGGUAUAACUGCGAUUCAAAUUGGUCUGACUGAUAUAUUGAGGGCGAUGGGAAUCACACCCGAUGUUAUUGUAGGUCACAGUAUAGGAGAGCUUGGAUGUGCUUACGCAGAUGGAUGCUUCACAGCCGAAGAGACUAUAAUAUCUUCUUAUAAUAGAGGAAUUGUCUCUAUUCAAACGCCGUUCAUCAAGGGAUCCAUGGCUGCUAUUGGUCUUAGCUAUAAUGAUAUCCUGCCAAUGUGUCCACCAGAAAUUGAAGUAGCUUGUCACAACAGUGCUGAAUCAGCUACUAUUUCUGGUCCCGCUGAUAUUAUGAAGGAAUUUGUUACCGACCUUACUAACCGUGGUAUCUUCGCUAGAGAAGUUGCCUGCUCCAAUAUCGCUUAUCAUUCGUCAUAUAUUGCUGAAGCUGGUCCAGCAUUAUUGUCAUCAAUGGAAACAUUGAUACCUAAUCCAAAACUACGUACUGAGAAAUGGAUUUCAACGUCAGUGCCUCAAGACAAGUGGGAUGAUGAAGAAGCGAAAUAUUCAUCGUCAGCGUAUUUCACCAACAAUUUACUGAACCCUGUAUUGUUUGAAGAGAAUGCUAAACUAGUACCUAAGGAUGCUAUCAUGAUUGAAAUAGCACCUCACGGUCUUCUACAAGCCAUUGUGAAGAAGUCUCAUUCUGAAUGCGUGAACGUUGCUUUGACCAAACGAGCCAAUCCUGAUCCAGUUACUUUCUUAUUGCAAGCUGUUGGAAAAUUGUAUGAGAAUGGACUCAACCCCGCCAUUGAUAUUUUGUACCCUAAAGUGGAAUUCCCGGUUUCAACGGAAACGCCUUUGUUGUCUCAUCUAGUUGAGUGGGAACACAGCGUCGACUGGCCUGAACUUGUUGUUGUCAACAAAACAGUUAAAGAGACAUCGGCAAGGAAUUUCGUUAUUUCCGCUUACGACGAUGAACACAAAUAUUUGAAAGGAUACAUGAGAAAUGGCAUCAAUGAAGUUCCGGAAACGGCUUUGCUCGUGUUCUUAUGGGAAACGUUAGCUAUGUACAGAGGAAGUUAUUACAAAGAUAUGCCAGUCACAUUCUACGAUGUUACCUUCCAUUGCCAACUGAAGCUCGACCCUGAAGACAUGCUGAGGUUAAGAGUCACCGUUCAAGAAGGUUCUAAUAGAUUUGAGAUUUACACUGGGAAAACGAACAUCGUAUCAGGUUUUGUAAAGAAUGUUGCGGAAAAAGUACGUAAAUAUGGUGAUGAUAACGAAAGUCCAAAUGACAUAGUUAAAAGUGGAGAAGAUUUCUAUACACUUUUACGUAUGAGAGGUUAUUCUUAUGGGGACGACUUCAAAACGAUUCAAUCACUAAACACUACACGUAACACAGCCAAUAUCAAGUGGACUGGAGAAUGGGCCACGUUCCUUGAUUCGCUCAUACAGCUCAACGCUUUCGUAAGAGGCCACAAUGGAGUAUCAACUCCUAAGAUUAUUAAGAGGCUGAGCAUACAUGUCAAAGGACAUGCUAUGACUGAAACUACUGUGAUAGAUGGCGCUACUUAUUAUAAAGCGGAGCUAACAGAGUUGAACCAAUUGGUUCGUUGUGGUGGAGUGGAACUGGAUGGUGUUAUUUAUAAUGAUAAGCCAAGAGUAGAAAAGCAACCAGAUGUGUUAGUAGCUCGAGAGUUUAUAACACAUGAAUUUGAAGAAACGACCAGUAUUCAGACAGCUACUUCAAUAAACCUACAAGUUGUUGCGGAUAACGUUUCAUCGAAUAAAAUUAAAAUAUUGGAAUUGAUGACCUCGUCUACAGAAAGUAUAUCAAACGUAAUCAAAGAUGCUGCUGUAAAGUUAACUUCUCAUCAAUUUGAUGUCAAUUCUAUUGAAGUCACUAAUGUUGAAGUCCGAGAUAUUGUUGACGUGAACUUGUUUGUAGUUCACAAUUUACUACGUAGUGAACAGAUUUCAAGUGCUCUAAAACAUGUUAUCAAACCAAAUGCAUUUAUCUUGACGUUUGAACGUAACACAUCAGAAGUUGAAACGAAAGAUUUUAACGUUAUUACUUCGUUACCUGUUUACGGAGGGGUACUUUCACUAUUGAAGAAAAAAGAUAAUGCUGACAAUGAGAAUGUCAUUUACAUUCCAAUAGAGCUUGAUAGCACAUUCUCAUGGUUGCAACGAGUGCAAAGUGAGCUGAAGAAGACUAGACGAGUUGUAUUAAUUUCCGAAAGACAGCCCUACUGCGGUCUCCUAGGUUUCGUCAAAAAUUUGAAAAACCUAGGACACAACAUCGGUGUAGUUAUAGUUGAUGAUUACCAUGCGCCAUCAUUUAAUCCAGAAAAACCCAUUUACAAGGAACAACUCCAAAAGAAACUAGCGUUUAACAUUUUGAAAAAGGGACAAUGGGGCAGCUACUACUAUGUUGUACCGAGUACAGACAAGGUUAAACUACAAAACUUAAGUUUGACAAGCCCAGCAACUGUAGGAGAUCUCAAUGACUUCACUUGGGAAGAAACACCUAUAGGAAAUGGAAACCUUGUAGAGGUCAAAUAUGCAGGAAUCUCAGGAAGAGAUUGUCUAAAAGCGCUCGGAGACACAAUAGAUCAAAAAAAAUCUUUUGGAAUGGACUUCAGUGGAAUCGAUAGCAAGGGUGAUCAAGUGAUGGGUUUGGUUGCGAGUGGUGCACUCAGUAGCUCAGUAGUAGCAGAUCCUACGCUGUUGUGGCCAGUGCCAAAACAUUGGACCUUAGAAGAGGCUGCUUCUGUGCCCCUACCGUACUUGCACGCAUAUUACAUUUUGGUCAUAAAAGGUAAAAUAAAAAGAAACCAAAGAGUAUUCGUAACUGGUGGAGCGGGAGCAUUAGGUCAAGCUGUGAUAUCUAUUUGCCUUGAUUUUGACUGCACAGUAUUCACAACUGUAAGUGACGAAAAGAAGAAAAUAUUUUUGAUGAAACUCUUCCCAAAACUAAAAGAUGAAAACAUUUCUUAUUCUCGCCACGACACCUUCUUUACUAGAGUUGCAGCUACUAAAGACCGAAGAUGUAAUAUUGUCGUUAAUUGCAGCAAUGGACCGUUACGUCAUGCUUCCAUGAAGUGUGUUGGAUUCCUAGGAAAAUUUAUAGAUGUUAGCCAUGUGGAUAUUAGUGCUAACACAGACUUUGGUAUGUCCUAUCUAGCAGAGGAAAAGCACUACAUUUUCGCGAACUUUUCAACAAUAUUUGAACCGAAAAAUAUUCAAGAUAGGAAAGUACUACAACUCUUGAUGUCUGAGGGUAUAGCCAAUGGGACAGUAAGACCUCUUAGUCGAGUGGUAUAUUCUCCACUUGAGGUAUCUCGUGCGUUCAAGUUGGUAUCAUCCUCGAAACAUCGUGGAAGAGCUUUGAUAAAGAUGAGUGAUUUGAAGUCAUUGUCUUCAAAUUUCAACGUUGUACCGAGAGUAUUAUUCAACCAAGGUGUUCAUAUUGUAAUUUGUGAUAGUAGUCAUUUAGCAGUGGAGAUAAUUGAUAAUCUAAUCCAAAAAGGGGCUAAAAAGCUUGUUUUACAUUUGAAAAAACAGUAUCAAACUAAUUAUUUAUACGCGAAAGCAGUUUCAUGGAAACCAUUUGACGUUCACAUAGAACUUAAUAUGGAGAAUCUGCAAACAAAAGAAGGUUGUGAGCGACUACUUAAAGCUGGUCAAAAAUUGGAAUCAGUAGCAAGCAUAUUCAUAGUACAAGAUUAUAAAGAAAAAGUGAAUGAUGAUAUCAAUGCAGAUGUAGACUUUAAGUCAAGCUAUGAAGAUAUGAUUGCGGUAACAGCUAAUUUGGAUAUGGUAUCAAGAAACAUUUGUUCUGACUUAAGGGACUUUGUGGUUGUAUCAGUAGCUUCACAAAAUAUUGGCAGUGAGCAUGCAACUUCAGCUUGUGAAAAAAUCUGUGAAGCACGUACCAAAGUCGGAUUACCAGCCCUCGUUUUACGAUUUGAUACUCCAAAUGCGGCUAACCAAAACGAAAAAACAUUGCUAUCAAAAUUGGAUGGACUAAGUUUAUCUUCUCUUUUCAAUGCUCUGGAAAGAAGUAUAAAACUUAAACACAAUAAUGUACUGGCAGUUAAUUUGCCAACAAAAUCCUCUAAUGAUUUGGUUGAAAAAAUGGCUGUGAUGUUUGGUGUACAAAAUAUUGAUGAGAUUGAUGAAGAUCUAACGCUCAAAGAAACAAACGUGAAUGAUAUGAUGAUAGAUGAAAUCAAAGCUAGAUUUACUCCAGUCACAUACUACACAGAUGAUUUACUGGAUAUGACGGUUGCUUGUCUCAAAAAGCUGUAUUUGAAAUUGGGAGAAAAGAAGAAUAUCAACUUUGAUGCUGGUUUGAAAGCAUUUUAUAGCCAUAUAGAAAAUAAUGAAUAUGUUGCUGUAGAUGCUAUUGUCCCUAUGAAAACGCAACUUAUAUCAUUUGAGGAACACGGCUACAUAGACAGAACUCAAAAUCAUCUAAUGUUAAUUCCUGGCUUUGAUGGGCGUCAUCAAGUUCUCGAAACUGUGGCUGAAAGGCUCAAAAUAAGAGCGGCCACGUUACAGCUGGGAGCUGAUGUCAUUUAUGAUAGUAUACCUGAGAUUGCCCAACAUUUGUCCAAACACAUAAAAGCACACUUGGAGGUGAGAAGCAAGUUCUACAUUUUGGGCUAUUCAUUUGGAGUUAAUGUUGCAUUAGAAAUCGCAAAACUAUUAGAAGAUGAAGGUCACAUUGGAGUAGUCUACUGCUUGGAAAGCAGUCCAGAUGCAUUGAAAUCACAGCUCAAGGCGUACCUAGGCGAUCAAACAGAAGUAGAACUACAAAACAAUGUACUACUUCACAUGUACCAACUAAUGACUGAACAAAAGGGCGACGAAUUUAAACAAGAAUUAGAGAAACUAGACAACUGGCCUGACAAGCUUCAACUCAGUAUGAAAAGACUGCGAGGAUUGGUACACUUCUCAAGUGAACAUAUAAGAACAUUAUUAGAAUCAUCAUACAGAAGAAUUAUUUUAGCGUUGGAUUACAAGCCUAAAUUCCAGCUUAAAUCUGAAAUAGUGCUUAUUAAAGGUAUUCCUCAUCCGAAAGUGGAAAGACUAUCGGAAGAUUAUGAUCUAUCUAAGUACACUAAACAACCAGUCAAAGUGUUCCAAAUAGAAUCUGAUCUUGCAGCAGCACCCUACGAUAGCAGAGUCUCUAACAUCGUAAAUAAAACGCUUGACCCCACUUUCUUGGAAGAAUUCAAACGAAAGAAUCUAUGUGAAUAUUAUCAUUUGAAAUGAGUAUAAGACUGUAGAAGUCCGAAAUCCUGAAUGAAAUUAUAUUUUUUAAUUUACGGCUA